AUGAGCUCCGGUGGAGGAAAGACGGGCCCUCCGCCCAAGCAGGGCCAGGGGCCCUUCUCAGGCGUUGCCCCCAGCAGCCAGGCGAUACUGCUUGAUAAACUGGGUCGGAGGUCGACGCCCGACUCCGAGGCUCUCGCCAGCUCUGAUGAUGAGCCCGAGGCCUUCCGCCAGGACAACAUCCCGCCCACUGUUCAACCCCCGAAACCGAUGCGUCGAGCUUCUUGGUUGAACGAUACUACGCAGCAGCAACCGUUGCGCCAGAGAAAAGAGUCUUUUGCCAGUAGCUCAAUGUCUCCGACAACCUCUCACCCGAGCACACCUGCCGCUGACCCAGGGGCUUCUGUCUGGGGAGCCUCUGCCGGAGUGCUUGGGAGAAACCAUUCGGGGAGUGGCACGUUUACUUGGGGAAACACUGGUAUCUGGAAUACCGACCGAAAGGAACCUCCUUCGCGCUUGACUGAGGUGCUUCCCUCUCCGACUUCAGCAGCGCCCCCCGGAGGUACAGCAAGCUCCUUCUUUGGCAAUGAUUUCACACAAACCUCGCCCGGCCCUCGAGAGACACCCAACUCUCAGCUUCCGUUCCCGAUUCCUCUGCACCCUACCCCGAAGACGUACCGAUCCCAGUCGUAUUCCGUAGGCCAGCUUGAGCCUUCUGAAUCAGCCAUGACCGCCGGUGUUCCUUCCACUAUUGGUUCCCGAGUCCGGCCGAUGGGCCAUUCUGGCCUUCAGCACCGUCCUUCUCGGCCUAGCAUGUUGAGCGAGAUGGCAAACGAUUCGUCGCUCGGAAAGGUGAACGAGGAUGAUGAUGACGACAGUACCGGUUCCUUGCAGGGAAGCCAGCAUCAGGAGCAGGCCAAAACGAUCGAAAUGCUCACCCGGGAGAACAUGAUGCUGCGGCAACAGCAGCAAUUCCAGAACCAAGCACGGCUGAGACCUAGGGCCUCUACCUCAUCCUGGGGGUUGGGCAAUGGCUACUUUACACAGGAGCCAGUUCCAGAGGAAUCCGACUACGCCAUUGAUGAGCACGAUGAAGCUAAUGAUGGCUCUGAGAUGGCAGCCAGAAGGAGCCUUGCACGACGGAUGAGCGAGUACGGACCGGGGACUCUUCGGACUCCCUACCUGAUUGAAAACAGGAAGCUGGAGAAUGUCAAGAAGGGCAUCUGGCAGAGCUCACUUGGGUUCGGUGGUCUGGGAGAACCUCCUCAAAGCAGACGUCACUCUUUUGCCGAUGUGCCGACCCGUCAGGCUUCCAUCAGCUCGAUCAGUGAAGCGGCGCUUGAGCAGGCGUCUCAGGACCUUUCUCAUUCGCAAGAGUUUCCGUCUGCGUAUAAUGACAAUGCCAACUUCAAUACCGGCAAUCAAGUCCCAUCUUACUUCUUGUCUGGAAACGUCGCAAGUCCUGCACAGCAAGGCCUCGGACAGGUGGGACCGUAUCACAACCAGUAUGCAUCUCCGUACGGCGGAAUGCCUGGUGCGUACGCCAACAGGCCCAUCUCACCGCAUCGGGGCAUGUACGGCGUGACGCAACCCCGGCAUACCCAAUCACUCUACAUCGUCCUGUUCAAGUGCUCCAGAGCCGAUGUUUUCUACAUUCAGGAAGGCACCGGUCUCAGCGUCAAGCCUGGUGACCUGGUAAUUGUCGAGGCUGAUCGUGGUACGGAUCUGGGCACCGUCGCCAAAGACAAUGUAGACUGGCAGACGGCCAAGGAAUACAAGGAGCAUUAUGCUGAGGAGCAAUACCGAUGGCUCAUGAUGUACUCACAAAACGCCACCUCACAGGACGGGGCUGGUGCUGGUCUCAUGGCCGCUUCCAACGGCCUCCAGGGCAGCGCUGUGGGUGGCAUGGGGCCCCCGAGCCAGAAUCAUAUGCAGGAGCCCAACUCGGGUGAGUUGAAACCAAAGCUUAUCAGGCGGCUCGCGCAACCCUAUGAGAUUCAGGGAUUGCGCGAGAAGGAGGGACAGGAGGCCAAGGCCAAGCGUGUUUGCCAGCAGAAAGUAAAAGAGCACGGCCUUAACAUGGAGAUUCUGGAUGCAGAGUUUCAAGGACUGGAAGAAGCUCACAUUCUACUACUUUGCCGACUCAUACAUCAACUUCAACUCUCUCGUCACAGACCUUUUCAAAAUCUACAAAACUCGCAUCUGGAUGUCGGCCAUCAAUCCGGCAUCUUUCGCGAGCCCGUCCCUUGGGCUUCCGGCUCCGAGCGGUAUUGGUCCUGGAGCGGUCGUUAA